CAUUUCAUUUGUCGCCAGUCGGCUCGCAGGGAGCACCUCAAAUUGGUCGCAGGGGUGGGUUUUUUGAAAAACAAAUCUGCAUUUUCAGACCCCAACAAAACUUGAGCUUUAAAAAGAAACUGGAAGCAUGGAGAGGUCCUCUGAGCUAUGGGUCCGGCAGCUCGCGCCCACGGCCGCCAGUCAACCUGCGCGCGCACAUGCACCUGAUGAACGCAUACUGCCUGGGUAGCUGGGAACAUCACAGAUAUCCAGCGUGAAGAUCCUGGCUGCAGCCUUCUCUCUGUCAUCCUCCUCUCCUCUUCCCUGCAACUGGCACAGAGACAAAGUGUGAGAGCCCCGGCGAGGGAAACGUGGGAAAGAGGAAGACGAUGUACCGAGAGCUACUCUUCUCCACCGCCCUCCUCUUCCUUCAUGUGAUGGGCACUCCCCAGUUUUUCGAGCACCACGGAAGGAGGGCGUGCGGCCAGGACCUCCGUCACAGCGUUGUCAUGGGAACAGAGUCCUACGUCCAGCCGGUGCACAAGCCCUACAUCACCCUGUGUCAGGAUCAUCGCCUCUGCAGCACAUACAAAACAACGUACUCGCUGGCUUACCGCCAGGUGAGCAGACUAGCGUCGGGCUCACAUUUCUACCCAGACUGUUGCCCCGGCUGGCGGAGAUUUCACUCACACAAUUGCAACCAAGCUCUGUGUGCACAACCCUGUGUCAACGGUGGCACCUGCUUGAAACCCAAUAAGUGUGGGUGCCCUCCUGGCUGGACGGGACACCAGUGCCAAACCGAUGUGGACGAGUGCGGUGGGCGACAACCAUGCGCCCAGCUGUGCGUGAACACAGCUGGAAGCUACCGAUGUGCCUGCAGAGAUGGCUUCAGGCUUUAUGGAGAUGGACGUUCCUGUCACCAGCCUCCAUCUCCUCCGACUCCCACCCAGAGCAGCCAGGCAGCAGUGGGUGGUCACGCUGAUGCGGGAGGGAGUUUCACCAUGGUGGAGAACGUCACAGAGGAGGUCCAGAGCCUGAGAAACAGAGUGGAGCUGCUGGAAAAGAAGCUGCAGUUGGUGUUGGCACCUUUCAGCAGCUUCUUCCCGCUGCCUCUGGACAAGAGCUUCCCAGAGAAGACCACUCUACUGUCCCACUCCUUCCGGCAAAUGGACCGCAUCGACUCCCUCAGCGAGCAGAUCGGCUUCCUGGAGGAGCGCCUCGGCACAUGUUCUUGUCAGGAGAAUUAGCAGCCAAGCCCAAGCAUCAAGAGUCAUCUCAGCGCAAAAGAGCAGAGAGCAGCCUGAGACGCAUGCACCGCACAGACAUUUGGAGAUUUUUUUUUUACCAUUCCAAAAGAAACUAAAAUAAUUUCUUUUCCAUGUUGAGUCCCCCAUCAUGGAUCUUGAUUUUGCAACGGUACCUGCAGCAGGGGUCGGCCACACUGCUUCAUCGUCACCUCGAGAUGGUCAAAGCUUGACGUAUAGCCACUUGCAUCAGUGCAGCUGUGUUCUCCCGUGUCAGAGCUCCACCCUUGUCCUGGGGCCUUUGCACACAUCUGUAUUUAUCUAUUUAAAUUAUGAUCACCUGUAGGCAUUCAUAAGUGCUCUUAGUUUUGAUCUAGUUUUAUAACGUUUUUGUAAUAAAAGUCUGAAUAAAAAAAAAAGAAAAAAACAGUGUGCUCACUCGGAAUAAACUUAUAAAUUAA